GAGCUGCGUACGGCUCCCGAAACGUGGCUGCAAUAUAGUGAGGACGGAAUCCGGGGCCAAACGCUCUACCCCGUCACACCAGCUUAGCGAAAUGGCCCGGGAAGACGGCGGUGCGGACCGUCGGCGGGUCAUCGGCCAUGGUUCCGUCGACGACGACGGCAAGCCCAAGAGAACAGGAACGGUGUGGACGGCGAGCGCGCACAUCAUAACGGGGGUGAUCGGCUCCGGCGUGCUAUCGCUGCCCUGGUCCAUGGCGCAGCUCGGCUGGGUCGCCGGGUCGGUCACGCUUUUCCUCUUCGCCGUCGUCACGUACUACACCUCCGCGCUCCUCGCCGACUGCUACCGCAGCGACGACGCCGCCACCGGGAAGAGGAACUACACCUACAUGGAGGCCGUCCAGUCCUACCUAGGUAGCAGGCAGGUGUGGUUUUGUGGCCUCUGCCAGUACGUCAAUCUCGUCGGAACUGCAAUUGGGUACACCAUUACAGCAUCGAUCAGCGCCGCGGCUUUGUACAAGGCCGACUGCUUCCACAAGAACGGCCACUCUGCCGACUGCGGCGUGUACACCACCAUGUACAUGGCCGUGUUUGGGAUCUCCCAGAUCGUCUUCUCGCAGCUCCCCAACCUCCACGAGAUAGCCUGGCUGUCGAUCCUCGCCGCGGUCAUGUCUUUCUCCUACUCCGCGAUCGGCGUUGGCCUCGCCUUGGCACAGACCAUAUCAGGUCCUACUGGCAAGACAACAAUGGGCGGCACUGAAAUUGGGGUAGACGUCACUAAUUCAGCCCAGAAGAUAUGGUUGACGUUGCAAGCGCUCGGCAACAUUGCUUUCGCCUACUCAUACUCCAUGGUUCUCAUAGAAAUCCAGGACACGGUGAAGGCGCCUCCGGCCGAGAACAAGACGAUGAGGAGGGCAAACCUAUUGGGGGUCUCCACCACCACGGCCUUCUACAUGCUCUGCGGCUGCCUCGGCUACGCCGCCUUCGGCAACGCGGCGCCGGGGAACAUGCUUACCGGGUUCGGCUUCUACGAGCCCUUCUGGCUCAUCGACUUCGCCAACAUCUGCAUCGUCGUGCACCUCAUCGGCGCCUACCAGCUCUACUGCCAGCCCAUCUACGCCGCCGUGGAGAGCUGGGCUGCGGCGCGGUGGCCGGGCUCAGACUUCGUGGUCCGCCAGUACCAUCCCUUCGCCGGCGGCAAUUUCAGCGUCAGCAUGUUCAAGCUGGUGUGGAGAACGGCGUUCGUCGCCGUAAGCACGGUCCUUGCCAUUUUGAUGCCCUUCUUCAAUGCCAUCCUUGGCCUCCUCGGCGCGCUCGCGUUCUGGCCGCUCACGGUGUACUUCCCCGUGGAGAUGUACAAACGACAGAGCAAAGUGGAGAGGUUUUCCAAGAAGUGGGUGGUGCUGCAGAGCCUGAGCUUCACGUGCUUUGCGGUGACGGCGGCAGUGACCGUCGCAUCCGUGCAGGGGAUCACCCAAUCACUCAACAACUAUGUGCCAUUCAAGACGAAGCUGUGAAUGAAGUAUAUUACUAGUUGAGAAUAAAUUCGUCAACUUAUGUUUGCGCAUAAAAACGUGUGCAUUUUGUCGAUAAAGAAGUGUUUCGGCUUGUCUCGGGGGCGGGUGAGAUUGGCUUUGCCCAAUUCCUCCUUAUCCAAUAUCGUUUACUACUAUAUACUCCCUUCGUCCGAUGAAGAGUGUACGUUUGGCUUCAAAUUUGUUCAUAAAAGAGUGUACAUCUA